GCUUGUUUUAGUCCUCUUCGACCUCCAAGCACCUUUCCUAUUCGAGCUUUGCAUCCGCGAGGUCUAUAGAUUUCUAGCCUCAUGUUGCCAGCAAGCCACAUGGUCAUCUUAAUAAUAACAAGUCUUGGAAUGCUAACGCCUGUGAACGUAUUGGAAACUGGAUAAAGUCCUCAUGUAUCGACUUGAAAUUGUGGCCACCAUUAAUUUGCACUUGCAAAAGUAUAGUUCUCAAGACUCAUAUUCGCAUAUCCCACACGAUGUCUUACUCUCUACUUCAACUAAGCGACAGGUCUCUGCUCAAGAACCUCGCCUGCAUCAAUGGCAAAUGGGUAGCAGCUAAGUCUGGAAAGACAUUCGAAGUACAAGAUCCGGCUUCCAAUAAGGCAAUUGCAACAAUGCCAGAUAUGGGCAAAGACGAGACUGAAGAGGCUAUCAAUGCCGCAGCUGCAGCGCUGCCAUCAUUUCGACAGACCACAGCACGAGACCGGGGCCGUCUACUCCGAAAGUGGUAUGAUUUGAUGAUAGAGAAUGCCGAAGAUCUCGCGAAGUUGGUUACCUGGGAGAACGGUAAAACACUCCGAGAGGCCAGGGCUGAAAUCCAAUAUGCUGCCAUGUUCUUCGAAUGGUUCAGUGAAGAAGCCCCAAGAGCAUACGGGGAUGUUAUUCCGGCCAGCGUUGCCAACCAUAGGGUUCAGACACGUAAAGAGCCCAUCGGUGUGUGUGGUCUCAUUACGCCAUGGAACUGGCCUGCUGGCAUGAUCACAAGGAAGAUUGGCGCGGCUGUUGCUGCAGGUUGCACAGUGGUCUUGAAAUCACCUGGAGAGACGCCACUGACAGCUGCCGCCCUGAUAGAGCUCGGACAGCGUGCAGGUGUGCCGGCUGGAGUGGUCAACCUUGUCAGUGCUCUCGAGAACACAGUCGAGGUCGGAAACACCCUUACUUCUUCAAAAGUCGUGAAGAAAGUGUCGUUCACAGGAUCAACACGUGUAGGUAAAAUUUUGAUGGAACAGGCUGCGUCAACUCUGAAGAAGCUCUCUUUUGAACUUGGAGGCAACGCACCCUUCAUUGUCUUCGAUGAUGCAGACUUGGAAGACGCUGUUGCUGGUGCCAUCCAAUGCAAGUUCAAAGGCUCCGGCCAGACUUGUACCUGCGCCAACCGCAUCUAUGUGCAGAAAACCGUCUACAAUGCUUUCGUCGAGGCAUUCGUGGCGGAAGUUGAGAAAUUCCAAACCGGACCCGGGUACAAAGACGGCGUUACUUUCGGUCCGUUGAUCUACGAGCGCGCUCUCACCCAGGCUGAAAGGCACAUCUCCGACGCCGUGGAGAAAGGCGCCAAAAUCGUAUCUGGUGGAAGCAGAAUGCCAAAGCUCGGUGCCAACUUUUUCCAGCCGACAGUGAUCAGCGGUAUGACUGCUGAUAUGCUCUUGGCUCGUGAAGAAACAUUUGGCCCUGUCGCCGGUAUCUUCCCCUUUGAGACGGAGGAACAAGUGGUCAGGCUUGCCAACGACACUGAAGUUGGCUUGACAGGGUACUUUUACUCGAAAGACGUCGAUCGUUGUCGCAGAGUUGCGGAGGCCCUCGAGGUGGGCAUGGUAGGCGUGAACACUGAUGCAGUCUCGGACGUGGCUAUGCCAUUUGGUGGGAUCAAGGAGUCUGGUUUUGGUAGGGAGGGGAGUAGGUAUGGCAUGGACGAAUACAUGGUGCUCAAGUCUGUCACAUAUGGCGGUGCAGACAGGCCCCUUGAUGGGGCUUGAUAGACUUCUGCAAGGAUUCAAGAACAGAGCCACACAUUUAAUUGAACAUACUGUGGGUUUCCC